AAAUUCAUCAUCCACGGUUUUUAGAAAAGAAAAAGAAAGAAAGAAAAAAAUUUCAAUCAAACAAACGAGUGGCUGAGUUAACUCGGAACAGGUAUCAACUUGACUCAGAGCUCACUUUCGCUGCCACUUAACUUUCGUGUAAAAUAUUUUCGGCCCCAGAGCAAGAGAAGCGAUUUACCCAUCACGGAACGGAAGAGGUUACCAUGGCGGCAGCAGCAGCAGUGAUCAAGAAGUUCUUCCUUGCGUCCAUGUUUAUGUGGGUAGCUCCUAUCGCAAUUCUAUAUGGUUUCAACCAUAAUCUGAUUCCUGGUUCAACCAAUCUAUCACCUUAUUCCUUGACGCUUUUGAGUGGAUUCCUAGCUGUUAUAUCAGUAAAUAUAGUCCUUGCAUUCUACAUUUAUAUGGCAAUGAAGGAACCUUCGUAUAAACAUGAGCCAGACCCAAAGUUCCUUGCCGAUGCAAAAGCUAGUGUAAAGAAGUUGACGGUUGAAGAAGCUAAUGUGUCAUCCCAAUCACAAAAGAAACAAGAGUAGAACAAGCAAUGUCUGGACCAAGGAACUAAUAGGAAAUUGGAAUGAAACUAAAAUGUUGUUAGUAUCAAUGCUGAUCAGGCAGUGGCGGGUUUUGCUUUACUUUAUUGUAUAAUUAGUCUUGUUAUCCUCUUGAACUAAAGGUGUUAUGCCCAAGUUUUGAUUUGGAUGUACCAUUCUUGUUAGGAAUUAAUAUACAGUUACUGGAUGCUGAUAUACGUUCAUUCUUUAGUAGUUUCUUUCAUGAUCCUAUACUAACUCUAGACUACAGAACAAAAUUGUUGGUUGGGG